CAUCCAACUAGUAAACAACCAAAAUGUCCAAUCCAAGCAGCCUACUACCUCCAUUUCCCUCCUCCGUCCCUACAGCCCCCCUCCUCCGUCUCUCACUUUCCAAAUUACAAGCCCACGAUGUCACGGAAACCCACAACCUCCUACAAGCCUGCAAAGACAUCGGAUUCUUCUACCUCGAUCUCCGCGACGCCGACGAGGGAAUCGCCCUCUUAACCAACGCAGACCAGCUCUUCCCAAUCGGCGAACGUCUAUUCGACCUUCCCCUGGACGAGAAGAAGAAAUACGACCUCGCCAGGCAGAACUCCUACUACGGAUACAAAGCGCUAGGCGCCAUGAUAGCAGACAGACAGGGCAACCUAGACGGGAACGAAUUCUACAAUGUCUCCAAAGACGACAUCCUAAACCUCAUCACACCCCCCCUCCCAUCCCCACAAAUCCUCCAAGAAUCCCGUCCCCUCCUCUCAUCAUUCAUCCAAACCUCCCACAACAUCGUAACCCUCCUUCUCUCAAUCCUAAGCACCAGCCUCUCCCUCCCCUCCUCUUCCACACUCCCCAACCUCCACCGUCUAUCUGCCCCAAGCGGGGACCAAAUCCGCUUCAUCAAAGCCCCUCCUACCACCAGCACCACCCAGAACCCCACACUAGGCGAACACACCGACUUCGGCAGCGUCACCAUCCUCUUUAACCGUCUCGGAGGCCUACAAGUCCUCCCUCCGGGGGCGGACGCAGAAUGGACGUACGUCCGCCCCUUACCCGGCCAUGCUAUCAUCAAUCUCGGUGAUGCGAUGGUGAAGUUCACGAACGGGCUGUUUCGGUCGAAUAUCCAUCGCGUGGUUGCGCCGCCGGGACAGCAGGCGGGGUUCACGCGGUAUAGUCUGGUGUAUUUUGCGAGGCCGGAGGAUGAGGUUCCUUUGCGGCGGUUGGAGUCGGAUAGGAUUCCGGCGUUGGGGGAGGGCGUGGUUGAGGAGGAGAUUAGUAGUAAGGAUUGGGUGAUUAGGAGGGCGUUGGGGAGGAGGGUUGAUUUGGGAAGGCCGGUGGAUUAUGAGAAGGCGGUUGGGACGGAGGGAGUGAGUAGGAGGUUGGGGGUGUAG